CAACAACAACAACAACAUCAAUCCCUCGAACACCUCCACCAUCUGCACCGCCUCCACCACCUUCGCCGCCUCCGCCACCUCAUGUCGUCCACGGACACUCCCACAGUUGGUGCGCCGCCCGCCGUGGCCGAGACCAAGGACGACAAGAAGCCCAGCUCCCAAAAGAUCGACCCGUACAAUGUUGCUGGCGAGGUGGACGACUCGGGCAAUGUCAAGGCCAUUGACUACGACCGCCUCAUUGAGGAAUUCGGCGUCCAGCCACUGUCCGACGACAUCCUCCAGAAAUUCGAGCGCGUUACCGGCAAGUCGGCUCACCUGUUGAUCCGCAGAAAGAUCUUCUUCGCACAUCGUGACUUCGACAAACUCCUUGACAUGUACGAGAAGUAUGGCACUUUCAUGCUGUAUACCGGGCGGGGACCGUCGAGUGGGAGCAUGCACCUGGGUCACACAGUGCCAUUUCUGUUCACCAAGUGGUUGCAAGAGCUGUUCGAUGUGCCGCUGGUCAUCAUGUUGACAGACGAUGAAAAGUACCUAUAUACGCGCCACAAAAACAAGGGGGUGACGAAAAAGGGCGCCGAGGUGGCCGAUUUCAUCGAUUAUGCGCACGAUAAUAUGAAGGACAUCAUCGCCUUGGGCUUCGACAUGAAGAAGACCUUCAUCUACACCGACUACGAAUUCAUGGGCGGCCACUUUCUGCAGAAUGUGACCGAGUAUGAGUCCAUGGUGACGGUCAACCAAGCACAAGGUGCUUUCGGCUUCGAUGGCAGCACGAGCAUCGGGCUGACCGCUUUCUCUGCAAAGCAAGGAGCUGCUGCCUUUCCAUCUUCCUACCCAGAACUGUUUGGCUACAAAGACUACCGCCUACCCGACCUUGACCGGACGGGUCUACGCCGACAUAAAGCCCUGUCACAAAUACCCGUCCUCAUCCCCUGCGCUAUCGAUCAAGAACCGUACUUCCGCAUCCUACGAGAACGCUGCAAACGCAUGAAGCACGUGCACGAAAAGCCCUCUCUCAUUCUUUCACAAUUCCUAACUGCACUGCAAGGGCCAGGCGGGAAAAUGAGCGCCUCGGACCCGAACUCGGCCAUCUUCAUGUCUGAUAAGCCAAACGAGAUCAAAAACAAGAUCAAUAAGCACGCGUUCUCAGGCGGUCGGGAGACGAGGGAAGAGCAAGAGAAAUACGGCGGUAACCCCGAUGUGGACGUCGCCUUUACCUAUCUGUCAUACUUUCUGGAUUCGGACGAGGAAUUGCAGGAUUUGGCCGAUCGAUAUCGAAGUGGAAAGAUGGGGACAGGGGACAUGAAGAAGCGAUGUAUCGCAGAAUUGCAAAAGUUUGUGGCCGAGUUUCAAGAACGAAGAAGCAAGAUCGAUGAUGCAAAGAUGAGAGAAUUCACGGCUUAUAGAAAGUUGGAAUGCAAGGGCGUUGAUGCGGUGGCAGAAGGGCUCAAGGACUUGACAUUGAAGUAGAGUCGCUGGCGCUAAAGAAAAUUAAUAUCAUCACUACUCAGCGACUGCUCGAUGGGAAGUCUUUCGAGAGCUCGUUCGCAUCCUUCCCGAGUCUGAACACGGCCUCGUAGCAUAUGCUCCAUCCAGAGCUAAUGCCCUGCGAAGCUAGUAUUCUUCAAAAAGACCAUGGCAGCACUCCAUCAAGACGACGCCCAAUACUAUGGAUAUAGCCAGCAGCAAAGCGUCCAUUAAGCCCUCCCUCUGUGGCCCAUAUCACGGACGUCCCACCUCCCUUGAUCUUUGCAACAAAUAAAAAAUCCAAGUCAUGAGCCAAGAGCCAGCCACCCUUGAUAUGAGG